UGAUUGUGCUUGAAGGGCCCGCCUUUACAUCACGUGGUUGCCGCCAGCCGCGCUUUCCUUUGCGGGGUGGUUUGGACUUGGCAACUGCAGUUCUGGGUUGCGGGUUUGUCUCCCUGGGGUUGUCUCGGCCACCGGAGGUCCGUACCAUGGCCCCCGUCGGAAGAAAGCGGAAGGCUGCGCCGGCAGAUACAGUAGACAAGCGCGAGAAACUGGCGGAAGGCCCGGCGGUGGUCAUCGAGCAUUGCACGAGCUGACGCGUGUACGGGCGCCAUGCGGCUGCCCUGAGCCAGGCUCUGCAGCUGGAGGCCCCAGAGCUGCCUGUGCAGGUGAACCCAUCCAAGCCGCGGAGGGGCAGCUUCGAGGUGACGCUGCUGCGCCCGGACAACAGCCGUGCCGAACUCUGGACUGGUAUUAAGAAGGGCCCGCCACGAAAGCUCAAAUUUCCUGAGCCUCAAGAUGUGGUUAAAGAAUUGAAGAAGUACCUUUCAUAAGGACGUUGGACAGGGAGUCCCCAUGCUGAGCUUUCAUUCCCUGGAGAUGUUGAAGCAUUUAUGAUAGUGCAUGGCCAAACUUCAGCUGUGUACCUGAAGCCAUAGUUUCUUCCUCACCAGAAAUGAUGGUUCAGUGGUGAGGCAAGCCCUCCAGCAAGGCACUGUAAGAGUGUUUGGAUUGGUUUAAUAAAAGUUAAAGUAUCUGAGAAUAA